AUGAAAUGGAUGUGUAUGGCUUUAUUGAUCCUGGGGCCACAUUUAACCUUAACAAGGAGUUUGAAACUUAUGUUGUUAAGCGGUUGAUGAAUGGCAGCUAUGAUCGCAUGUUCUUGAUGCCGCAUAAUUUCAAUUAUCAUUGGAUUUUGGUCGUAAUUUAUGCUGGUGAAAUUUUUAUCCUCAAUCCUCUGUCGCAUCCAACUCAUUUUCCUCACUUGGAAAAACCAUUAUUAAGUGCAUUUAAGACUUUUAAAGCUCAGACUGGAAGGGGAAACACUGUUCCUAAAAUUAAAAAUUUGGCUGGAUCUCCUAAGCAACCAGGUGGCCGUGAAUGUGGUUACGCGAUUAUGCGCUAUAUGAAAGAUAUAAUCGAGGAUAAAGAAAUGACUUUUAUAACUAAGUGGGCUAACAAGAGUCGUAAAUCUUACAAGAUGGAGGAGCUGGAUGAGGUUCGUGUAGAGGCGCUUGCCUAUAUCCAAGACAAAUUGUGAUAGAUUUGGCCUCCUGUCCAGUAGCUAGUUGUAUAUAUCCUGGU